AUAUGCCGAAUGUUCGAGAUCACGAUGCUUCAGUGUAUCUUCGUCUCCAAGGCGAUGCCCUCUCUGUGGGCGGAUACGAGUCAAAUCCAAUCUUCUGGGAGGAGGUAUCUGACAAAUUCGCCUUUGGCCUCUUUGAUCUGGACUGGGAUGUUUUCAUGCAGCAUAUCGAAGGUGCUAUAAACAGAGUCCCAGCGCUGGAGAAAACUGGAAUCAAGUCCACAGUCUGUGGGCCAGGUACUACUUCAGUAGCAUUUGCCACAUACAAUCAAAGCAGCUUUGCUCCCUGA